CGCGCCCCAAGCGGCCAGUGCUGUUUACUCCAGUGUGCUGGUGAAACGGGGAGGACGGACCCGGCCGGACUCCUGCAGUAACAGUGUAAGAACACCACCAUAACGGGAAUAAACAAACGGAACGGACCAGAGCUCGACUGACGCACUUUAUCAGCAGUACCAGACGUUAAACUACAGGUGGCCUCUUCUUGUGUAUAAAUGAAUUACGAUCAUCCUCCCCCAUACACCGGCCCUGGCCCUGCGGCCCCAGGGUACCCGCCACCAAAUGCUCCCGGUUACCCUCCACAGGGUUACCCACCUCAGGGCUACCCCGCACCAGCCUACCCUGUUCCCACAGAUCAACAGCCUUACCCCAACUACCCUCCAGGACCUCCUGGACCAUACCCAGUCCAGCCGGGUUAUCAGGGAUAUCAGGUACCCCCCCAACCGUAUGGACCAGGGUAUGGGGAGCCACCUAAAAACACAGUGUACGUGGUGGAACAGGGGCGGCGAGAUGAUUCUGGAGAGCAGGCAUGUCUGACUGCCUGCUGGACGGCGCUGUGCUGCUGUUGUCUGUGGGAUAUGAUGACCUAACCUGACCUCACCAAUCCCUCAUCUGUAAAGACCUUUCCCUCCAUAUUUAUGUAUGGCUGCAGCAAAAUCAACUCCUGAUCUAAGAAAAGGAAAUGAAUGAUUUUUUGUUUCAGGUGUUUUUUUUUUUUUGUAUUCCACUUGUGAAUACUCCUUUUCACUCCUUCAGUGACUUUAAUGCUAUGUACUGAGCAAUAUUUAUAGAUGAAAUGCAAUCUUAUUUCUAGAAGAAUGUUAAACUGAUCUUUUUUUUUAUUUCUGUAGAGAUUAACUAACACUGUUAUUAGAUAAUUAAUAUAUGCCUAGAAAAUUGUAAAAAAGAAAAAAAAAGAAAAGAAAAAAGAUUUAGAUAAGACGCAUGGCCAGCGUGGUGGAUGAAUGUUUUGAUCAGUCUGCAGAAUGAAGCUUUUGUGGAAAAUGACUGUUAAAGAAACUGCUGUCCAAAUUGAAAGUAAUUUCUCCUCAUUAAAAUGUCCUGAAUUAAA